UUUCCUCCAAGAUAGCAGCGGGUUCCCGUUAUGCGGGGCAGUUUAUCAUUAGAGAUAAAGGAUUUUCUAUAAACACGUAUGAUUGGUCCCUGUUGGCAGGAUCCCUAAACAACAGGAUGCAUAUCGCUGCACUGCGAUCUCUCUGACAGGCAUGCUCGAUGCGUGACACAGUUUACAUUUGACGCUUUCAGCCGAAGUCAGUGUUUGAUUGAAUAACUGGUGUGACUCCAGGCUUGUCACUCUCUCUCUGUCAUGGAUCACUAUGCGUGGACACUCUGCGUUGUAUUUCUGCCUGUGGUGUUCCCUCAAGAUAUUGGCCUCACUGGGAACUGUUCUAACGAUGACUCGGAUUCCUUGGAAGUAAGGGGAACUGAGAGAGACGAUCUGUCAUGCCAGCUGUUCGAGGUUAAUAGCUGUAACGACGCUGAUCUGCCCCCGAAUGUAGGGGGAGACUUCAUGGGGCCACCGCAAACCCUGGAGGUUGAUGGGGCCCUUUACCGUAAUGAGACGUCGGGCAUCCGCUACCCGCAAAUAGUGAUCACUUGGACACCGCCCGCAACAGCAUCCGGGUUCCAGAAUCUGAAGGGUUUCUAUGUGGAGAUCCAGAGAGUCAUUGCUGGCUAUCCACAGCCCGUGUGUCGAGUUCUUGACUUCUCCCAAAACAAUUUUACCAAAGAUGACUAUAAGCUGACGUUCAGGAAGAAACUGCUAGGUUUUGAAGGCGGCAUAGACCACCUGUAUGAACUGCAGCUGUACACUCUGCCCAUGUCAACGGCAUCGAAGUCGCAGAGCCGGCUCUUCAAGCUGCAGUCCAUUCGAGAUGGCACGUCUCCUGCACACUGGUCCGCUGCUGUGUCCUAUACGAAGAGCUACCCAUCAGUCCCAGCAGGUAUCACAGCUCGCUUCAGCCUCGCCCCAAAGGACUUCGGUUUCACCAAUUACAUCUUUACCCUUGUGGGAGAAAGAAAUAUGCAGAAUUACCUAGAAAGAUGCGAGAUAUCUACCGUCCAGGCGUCUACUUGUCAGGGAAAAACGUACGACAAACCUGCAGAAAAUGCCACUUCAAUCACCAUUACGUUUACUGUUGAUGUGGCGGAUACAUACAAGAUUAGGCUCGAGCCCAAAGAUCCCUAUUGGAACGAUCCCAACCGCUGUCUGUGUUACGAGAAGAACUCUGACACUACCCGCUCGUGUAUAAGAUGCAUCAUUACCAUAACUGGAGACAUUUCCGUCGCUCAAGAUGGAGGAACAUCCCCGACAGCGCACACGAGAACAACAGGCACCACAAGGACCACAGACCCUAUUGUGACUUCACCAGUUCCAGCUGCAGUUGGUGUGACGUCGGAGAAUGUGACCACGUUAGUUGCGUCUCUUGUCGGCGGCCUGGUCGGCCUUGUCUUUGUAUCUAUGGUCGUUGCCCUCCUGUGGAGAAAACAACGUGCUGCCAGAAACGAUUCCACUUUUAACCUGAGGUCUGGUCAGAACGAUCUCCGGCACGAAAAGUACACACAUCAUGAGCAUCUUGUGAAGAAGGUUUAUUUGCUGUAUGCUGAAGACCACAAAGAUCACAUCAAUGUCAUCACCAAUCUGGCCAUCUACCUGAAGGACCGCUGCAACUGCAAGGUGUUCUUCUUGCCUUGGUACCGUGGCACCGUCCAGUCAACAGGCGUCUAUCAGUGGAUCAUAACACACAUCGACCAGGCAGACUAUGUCAUCGUCAUCAGCUCGGAGGCUGCGUUCAACCUGUUUGAUUCUCGGAGCACCAACAUCUCCUACCGAGCCGAGGACGAAGGGCCGGAGGGGGACAGCUUCUCCCCAGCCAUGACGCAUGUGAUGGCCAAAUCCUCGGAACCCGGUUUCUUCAAGAAGACCAUAUUAGUAUACUUUGAGUACACGAAGGAGGAUUUCGUCCUGAAGGAGAUCAGCCCGGGGGUUCAGUAUAAGUUGCCUAAACAUUUCAGGGAGAUGCUAUGCCACAUCCAUGAGAUUAAUGCUGAGAACAGGAAACAGAUUGAUGGUAUGGACAACCUACAAGCCACUACGGGAGGCCGUAACUUCUUAGAAGCUGUAACCAAAGCCAAACACUUCGAGAAGUCGGAUCCUGGAUGGUUUGGGAAAAGGUUCAAGCGACAUGAUUCGGCUUACGGCUCCGUGCAAGAUGAAGCGGAAGUGGAGGAUUCGGUCUCAAUGAAAGCAAGGCCUGAUUACGUCAACGAAGCUUAUGAUUAUGAUGAUGAGUUUAAGAGUGCUGUAACAUAUAACACUGCAUAUGAUUUAGCUCACCCGGAAGACAUUGCACCCCCCAGCGAGGUUGCAACUGACACGUCAACAAACUACAUCAACAUGCAGUUUCAGCGCAUCAACAUGGCCAACGGCGGCCCACAACGUGAGAGUCUUGACUUCCUCCCACCCAGUGAGACAUACACACAUACCGACACUACCGUCAACAUGGAGAGCAUCUAGGAUAAACAGGGGGGGGCAAAUAAAACCUACCGGCCAGUCCACGUGAUGAUUGUUUGUUUGUUUGCUGUUUAACGCAGCACUCAGCAAUAUUCAAGCUGUAUGACGUCGGUCUGUAAUUAAUCGAGUCUGGACAAGACAAUCCAGUGAUUGACAUCAUGAGCAUCGAUCCACGCAAUUGGGAUCAGGUCAGCGAGCGAUGAAAUAUGAUAAGUCCAAAUAUUAAUCUCCAUGACAUGACGCAAUGUUCAACACUCCCGACACAUUGUAUAUAACUAUACUUCUUAUGUAUAUUUUGAUGUUGUACAUACUAAGUCUGGUGAAAAAAACAAAUACCGUAUUCGACGUAAUAAGCGCCCCGCUCUAAUAAGCACCCACGGCGAUAUUUGCUAAUAUAUGGCAAGUAAACAAUCCCAAUUAGCAUCCCCUCCGAUUGAUCAA